GGAGGAGGAGGAAGAAAAGAGGAGAAAAGAGAGGAAGCAGAAGGAAAAGAGAGGAGGGAUUUACGCUCGGAGAAGUUGACACGAACGCACGGUGCAGACCGAGGACGGCUUUAUGUGCCACCGGACUGCACUUUGAAGUUUCUCAUAUUUCUGGAAAAAGCAUUAAAGCGCAUCGGUCUCCUCUACCGGCAGGAGCUUCAUGCCUGCACCGCCCGGAGCUCAGCCUGCACGUAAACUAUUGUUGACGCGGAGUUUGACUCGGCGGGUCCCGCUUCGGCAGCCGGGUGUCGCCGUCGCGGUCAGCCCGUCUGUCCGCGUGCCUCCUGCGCGGUGCUCGCCGGGCGCAGGGAGCCUCUGCGGCGCAGAAAGGAGUCGGUAGCUCACCGGAGCCGCUUUUGUGGGAUUUUAAUUUGACCCGGAGCCGCCGUCUGUGUCUCGUUUCGGCUAUUGUCGCCGGUUUCCCGCUGACUCUGAGUUAGUUCGGAGGUUUGUCGGAGGGGAACUUGGUGUCGUCGUGGAGGGAUUUUCUUCGACUUGGAGCGGUGACAGCGGGGCUUUAAAGCGGAGGAGAAAAUCAAUAAAGCCCGUCCUGUGUGGGGAGUGUACGCGGCUAACGCACAGCGAACCCGAGCCGAGCCGGAGCCGAACCAUGCCAGUGAGAAAGAAAGAUGCACAGCGAGCUCUGCUGCUGCUGGAGGAGUACCGGGCCAAGCUGAACCACGCAGAGGACCGGCAGCUCCGACACUCCAUCCAGAGGGUCAUCGACAUCUUCCAGAGCAACCUCUUCCAGGCGCUCAUAGAUAUCCAGGAAUUUUACGAAGUGACCUUAUUGGACAGUCAGAGAUGGGCGGAGUCUUCCAAGGGGGCGGACCCCAUGGCGCCCGUCAACCUGUGGGACUUCUCCAGCCUUCAAAGCACAACGGUGACCUCGGACACUCUGCCCAGCCUUAGCACCAGCAUCGAGGACUCCCCCCUCCUAAAUGAAAUCCUGCACACGUUGGCUCAGGCCAAACGCUCGCCUGGCCUUCACCCACAAAAGUACAGGCACCAUGAUGAGGACUCGUCCCCCCAGGACCAGAGCUCCCCCCAGCUGACGGAGGAGGCUGGAGGUCCGGAGCUGGUCCAGGUAGCAGAAAAGAACCUUUCCCAGAUUGAGAAUGUUCACGGAUACGUCACCCACGCUCACAUCUCACCUAUGAAGCAGGCUGAAGCCGCCCCGCCUUCCUCUCCCAUAAUCCCUGUGAUCCCAAUCUCGCCAAUCCCAGCCGAGACCACCAUCAUCCCUCCGACAUCACAGGCCAAUCCUCCCCCCGUGGUGGUCAACACCGACAGCCUGGACACGCCUCCAUACGUGAACGGGGCAGAGGCUGAUUAUGAGUACGAGGAGAUCACGCUGGAGCGGGGCAACUCGGGCCUCGGCUUCAGCAUCGCCGGCGGCACUGACAACCCCCACAUCGGUGAAGACCCCAGCAUCUUCAUCACCAAAGUCAUACCCGGAGGAGCCGCCGCUCAGGACGGACGCCUCAGGGUGAACGACGUCAUCCUGCGGGUGAACGAGGUGGACGUUCGGGACGUGACCCACAGUCGGGCCGUGGAGGCGCUGAAGGAGGCUGGAUCCCUGGUGCGACUGUAUGUCCGCCGGAGGAAACCCGUGUCUGAGAAAGUGAUGGAAAUCAAACUGGUGAAAGGACCCAAAGGUCUUGGCUUCAGUAUAGCAGGCGGAGUCGGGAACCAGCACAUCCCGGGCGACAACAGCAUCUACGUCACCAAGAUCAUUGAAGGCGGAGCUGCACAUAAAGACGGGAGACUUCAGAUCGGAGACAAACUGCUGGCUGUGAACAGCGCUUGCCUGGAGGAGGUGAGUCACGAACACGCCGUCACUGCCUUGAAAAAUACUCCUGACGUGGUCUACUUGAAAGUGGCAAAACCCAACAGUGUCUUCAUGAACGACAGCUUUGCCCCGCCCGACCUCACCAACUCAUAUUCGCAGCACCUGGAGAACCAUAUCAGCCCCCCCAACUUCCUGGGUCAGCCUCUCCCUCCGCCGGCAUCCUCGGGACGCUACUCCCCGACACCGAAGAGCAUGCUGGGAGAUGACGACGUCACCCGGGAGCCCCGGAAGGUGGUGCUGCACAGAGGAGCAACUGGACUGGGCUUCAACAUCGUGGGCGGCGAGGACGGAGAGGGCAUCUUCAUCUCCUUCAUCCUCGCUGGAGGACCAGCUGACCUCUGUGGAGAGCUGAGGAAGGGAGACCGACUGGUGUCUGUGAAUGGCGUUGACCUCCGUAACGCCACCCACGAACAGGCAGCCGCCGCCCUGAAGAACGCUGGACAGACGGUCACCAUCAUCGCCCACUACAGGCCCGAGGAAUACAGUCGGUUCGAGGCAAAGAUUCACGAUCUGAGGGAGCAAAUGAUGAACAGCAGCAUCAGUUCAGGCUCUGGAUCUCUGAGGACAAGUCAGAAAAGGUCGCUGUAUGUCAGAGCUCUGUUCGACUACGAUAAGACCAGAGACUCCGGUCUGCCCAGUCAGGGCCUCAACUUCAAGUUCGGAGACAUCCUCCAUGUGGUGAAUGCCUCCGAUGACGAGUGGUGGCAGGCCAGGCAGCUGACGGCUCAGGGCGAGGUAGAGGAGGUCGGGGUCAUCCCCAGCAAGAGACGAGUUGAGAAGAAGGAAAGAGCGAGAUUAAAGACGGUGAAAUUCAACGCCAAGUCUCGAGACAGAGGGCAGUCUCUCAAUGACAAGCGUAAAAAGAACCUCUUUUCCCGAAAGUUUCCAUUCUACAAGAGCAAAGAGGCGAGCGAGCAGGAGACCAGCGACGUCGACCAACAUGUGACGUCUAACGCCAGCGAUAGUGAGAGUAGCUACCGUGGGCAGGAGGAAUACGUUCUGUCCUACGAACCUGUCGUCCAGCAGGAAGUGAACUACACUCGUCCCGUCAUCAUUCUCGGCCCCAUGAAGGAUCGAAUCAACGACGACCUGAUCUCAGAGUUCCCCGACAAAUUUGGAUCCUGCGUCCCACAUACGACUCGACCAAAGCGGGACUACGAGGUGGAUGGAAGAGACUAUCACUUCGUGGUUUCCAGAGAACAGAUGGAAAAAGACAUCCAGGACCACAAGUUCAUCGAGGCGGGUCAAUACAACAACCACCUGUACGGAACCAGCGUUCAGUCAGUCCGAGAGGUGGCUGAGAAGGGGAAACACUGUAUCCUGGACGUAUCAGGAAACGCCAUCAAGAGGCUCCAGCUGGCUCAGCUUCACCCCAUCGCCAUCUUCAUCAAACCCAAAUCUGUGGAGAACAUCAUGGAGAUGAACAAACGUCUGACGGAGGAGCAGGGCAGGAAAACCUUCGACCGAGCGACCAAGCUGGAGCAGGAGUUCACCGAACACUUCACAGCCAUCGUGCAGGGCGACACUCUGGAGGAAAUCUACGAUCAGGUGAAGCAGAUCAUCGAGGAGCAGUCGGGUCCGUUCAUCUGGGUUCAGUCCAAGGAGAAGUUAUGAAGAUGGGCCCGUCCUCUUCCUCUUCCUUAAUCCUCUUUGUUUUAUUCUGAGAGUCGACCUGCCUCCCCCCCGCCUCCCUUCACUCCCACGAUCAGCUGACGGAUCGUCGUUUUUUUGGUGUUUUUCCGCCUGACUCAGACUUGUCGAUGGGUUUAAAGCACACAGGAGGUUCGACACGGUACAACAGCUCCUUAAUGUUUAAGGGAGGAGAACUUAAGAAGGAACGUACGAAGCAGAUUUCAUCUUAUGUUUUUGUUGGGGUUUUUUUUGUUUGUGGGUUUUCUUCCCCCAUUUUUUGUCUUGUAAGUCAGCAGGCGCACGGAGUUUCAGUCUCAGGCAGCAUCUGUCGGUUUGGAGAAAACGGAGACACAAAAAGCAAAACUUUGCACGUUUGAGCUUUAACAGCAUGUCAGUUUAAUCCCCGUUUAUUUCUCAUCAGCCCCUUCACCUCCAAUGUCACAGCUGUUUUCUUCUGUUCUGCUCAUUUUAGCAUUUUCUCUCUUUUUUUUUUUUAACUUGAUUCAUGAUUAGUCGAUUUUUUUUUGCUCCUCACUGCUGCUGGAUGUUCGUCGGGACGCUGCAGGUCCUGCUCAGCCACAUAGAGGGCACUGCUCAACACAUUUUAUUUAAUGACGUAUAAUCAGAUCAUUGGGAUGAAAUCAUUAAAAACUAAAAAGAAAAAGACAGAUGAGUAAAAACUGUCUCUUUCAGUUAAUGAAUUCUAAGUUUCGUGAUUUUACUUUACACAUUUCGACCUCGACUUCCAAUUAAUGAUUAAUGAAAAAGGAUCAAUAAAGUCUCAACAUUAGUUAUUCUACUGACGAGCUGCAUUCUUUAACUCAUUUCACACAAACUGACCCUGAAAACUUUAUUUCCUCUGAAACAAGUGAAAAAAAUUGACUCUGCAGAAAGAAUAUUUCUGCCUGUUUCCAGUUUAUGUUUUUAAAAAAAAUGUCAUCACCAAAGCAACAAAACCAGUAUCUCAUAAUUAGAAGAAACAAAUUACUUCACUAAAAUUAUUCUAUUAUUGCAAUAAUACUCAUCUCACUGUCUUUAAACUAUAAGAAAAUAAUUUUGUUACCAGAUAAUUAUAUCAAGAAAAUACAUCAAAUAUGCAAAUAUUCUUACAGAUUAAUUUAUAAAAAUUUUAAAUCUAAAGUAAACAUCAUCAUCUUAUGAGAAUUAUUUUUUACAAUAAAAUUAUUUUAUUAAAAGUAAAUUAUUUUAUAACCACAGGAGGCUCAUCUCAUAAGUUUUGAAAUCUAUUUUUAAAAUGCAAGAAAAGCGUUUCAGAAUUUGAAGAAAAAACUUUCCCAUAAUUACAAGAUCUGAAUCGAACCAUUAAGAAAAAACCCAGAUUCAAGGGGAACAAAACAAAUCUGAUUUAUACGGAGCUCUGAACUUAAUUUUGCAAAAAAUUUGCAAGAAAAUUAGAAAACUCAGAUCAGAGGUCAUCUUAUUGCAGGAAUCUGUUGUUAAAUCAGCAAGGUGUUUCAUAAGUACAUAAAUAUUCUGAUACUUUCAGCUCUAAAAAACAUAUAAUUUCAGGAAAACUUCAUUGUGAGAAUUAUUUUGUUACAAGAAAAAUAUUUUAUUACAAGUAAAUUAUCGCAUAACUGCAACAGACUUAAGGUUAUGACAAAUGUAUUUUAAAAAGAUGAUAAAAUGUUUUAUAAUUACUAGAGAAUUAUUAUGAGAAGAGUAGAAAUCUGUCAAGAAAAUUAAUUUACCAAAAUUUAUCUCUGAUUUACAAGAAUAUUAUGUCACUUACAAAAAAAAAAUCACCUAAUUAUGGGAUUUAAAGUUACGAUUUUCUGCAAUGUUAGAUUUUUUUCAUCAAUUUCAGGAAAUGAGCAGAUUUUUCACAGUAAAAGUGGGUCAACUGAAGGUUUGAAACAUUUCCAGACAGUCUUUCUGUUAAGAGACUUUUCCUCUUUCUCCUUGGAGUCGAGUCAUACAAACUAGAGCCCUCUGCGACGCAAGCUCGAACCCUGCAGCUCGUUUCGGCGACAUCCGUCAGCGUCGUCAGUGUCUUACCACGAAAACGAUGUCGAUCAUGUGAUUUGCUGAACCUGGAGACGAGCUGCCACCUCCAGGUGUCCACAGGUGUGUCCGAAACUCGCAGACGAUUAUUGUACAAUGAGAUUUUGACAGAUAUUUAACCCUCGGUAAACUGCCUAUUUUGUUAUAAUAAAGUCUAUAUUGAACUUUACUUAA